AGGCUAUGGGGCCGAUGGCGAGAUCUCUCCCAAGGAGAGACAUAGGUAUGGUCCAGAGCGCUUCUUCUACGAACGGCGCAGUUACACGGGUGUGCAUCGUAAUGGGCCACCAAGCGUGGUGGAGAAGGACACGGUGCAGCAGAUCGUCCGCGACGCGAACCACGGGACUUCCCCGGCCUCGUAUACCUCACCCACCUCCGCGCGCAGUCGUGCCACGUCCUUCGUGUCUUUUCGGAGCCGAGCGUCCUCCACGAGCAGUGCACGACGGCAGACGGUGGGCGAAGGAGGCGACCGAUCCCCGCGUUAUGGUCCCGAGCGGUUUUUCUACGACCAGCACACCUACACGGGUGCACACAGCCAGGUGUCCCCGCGCAAGAGUGUCGGUAGUGCCACGGCACGGAGCAGGGCUUGGUCGACGAUGUCCUCGCGGAGCAAUAUGCUGGACGACGCCUGAGGAGGUGGCGGACAUCGGCGUCCGAAUCUGCACCAAAGCCAUGCAACCGACCGAGCAGUCGCUUCGGGGUGCGGUUCCUUCGCGGCCUUCGUUUUGGUUGGUGGACGAAGGGCUGUGAUUGGAACAGAUGGGAAACCCUGUUAGCCUAUGCUUCAAGAGACUAGUGUUGGGAGAACAGAUGGGGUGUCCAUUUGUUCUCCUUCAAACAGGGAGCCAAGGAGCGGCAGGGAGGUUCCGAACCACUUGCUAGCAACCACUCGCCAGCAACCACUCGGUGGCCACAGCAUGACCUGCACGGUGCACGCAUUCUUGGCACGUUGGGUUG